AGAGUCCAAGGAAUUCCGACAUCAAGCAGACUUCAAACCUUGUCCCAACGGAACGUUUCAAGAUGACAGGGAUUAUAGUGCUGCUGUUACUUGCCUUUUCUUUCUCUGAAGCGGAGGAGAACGUUGUAAAUGAGAAGGGCCAGGACAGCUUGGUGGACACAGCCCAGAACCAGAGCAGGCUGGGGGGCAAAGAGCCCACCCUGCCCAUCAACGAACUCCUGGAGAAGAGCAGCAGGGCUGGGGACCCCAAAUACACCCUCCACCCCUUACCUCCGGGUGUCUGGCCCAAGCACACCGACCUGGUCCCCAUCCCUCGCCCCGGGCCCCACAACAAGAGCAAGAAGGGCCCUAAGAGUGACCGCCUGACCGAGCACAACAGUGAGAAAGUGCGCAGCGAGAUGGGCCUGCUUCCCAAGAUGACUCUGACCACCGGCACGACCGACCGCGUUCAGAGGAUCAACGCGGACCCUAGUUCUAACAACCCGCCGCCGCAAAGUGACCCUGAAACCCACCCCAACUCCAGACCCCGGGGUCAACCUCAAGCCCACCCGUACCCAGCCCCUGCCCCGCGAAGGGACCCCCCAAACAGGAAGCUGGACCCUGAAGAGAACCGCCCAGGGAAGUCCAGUAUCUACCAAUCAGGAGUCGGCGCCAACAGGAACGCCAGCCGUCCGUCCAUACUCUUCAACCGCCAUUCCUCCAGUCUUCUCCAUCAGUUUGACAUCUUAAAACGAGAGUCUGACUACACGCACGACGCCGUCUGCAUGAGCGAGUGUCGGAAGGAGAAGGAGGAGAGAGACUACUUCUGCUUCAGUGAAUUUGCGGUCAACGGGAUCGUCCACGACAUCGACGUGGUGCGCAAAGGGAUCCGGAUGAUCACGCUGAUGGUGAGCAGCGACGGCUUCUACAGGAUGAGUCGUCUCUACGUGACCCCCGACAGCUUCUUCUUCAAGGUGCGCCUCCUGGUGCUGGACACCUACAAGUGCAGCAAGCCCUGCCCCGACCUCAAACUGGGGAGCAGAUAUAUUUUAAUGGGUCAGAUCUACCACCGGAGACGCCACCUUCCCAACGACCUGCUGGCCCUACUGGGGGGUAAACUGAAGCCUGGGGAUGGGCUUCUGAGAAGCAACAACUACGUCAAGAGGUUCAACAAGAGGAGACACCAGAAAGCCUUGGAGGCCACGCGCUCCAGGUGUAGGUGAAGCACAUACAGACUAUGGCCCCCUACUGCAGGGGAGGAGACAUUGCAGUCGCUGACGUGAAAAGCCUUAUUUUAACCAACCCUACAGUAUGAAAGGAAAAGCGAUCCUUUCGGAUGAGGAGGAAAUCGAUUUUUUCUGGCGUGGACUGGACCUUAAUUUGUUUGUUUGUCUUAUAAUCCAGGUUGAGGGGGGUGCCAUUUUUGCUUGUUUGUACAGUUGUCUUCGUGUUUCUGGGGUUCGUUCUCUUUGACAGAGGGCUGGAGGUCUCCGGUGUUCUGAACACACUUAUAGAUUAUCGAUCUUUUUCAUCAACCCCAUCGUUUGUCACCAAAUAUGACAGACAUGAUAGCACUUACUUCACAGCACCUAAAAUGGGCAUUAUCAUGGGCCUUCUGCUCAAGUCUGGUACAUGAAUCAGCAUGACCUGACCUCAGUGGUUUGUUAAUUCAGGUCUAUUUUAGUGUUAGUGUCUCCUCUAAAAGAACACUCUCUCACAGGCCUGUUUGGGUUGUACAAGCGGCCAGUGGAAUAGUGUUGUGGGUGUGUGAAACCAGCCCAUAUGUGCCUUGAGUGACAUAGAGGCUGUUGGUUCCAAUUUUUCGUAGUCAGUCUAGCAUACACACACACACACACACACACACACUUGCAAAAGGCUCACCCAACCAUUCAAAUUCACUUGGUCCUGACUGGAAGGAUACCUGCCAGAAAAUCAGAGUGGAAUACUUGGUUAUUCGUUCUGUUGAACCUAAUAGUGUGGCUGGGGAAUGUCUGAGACUGUAUUCAUUAUAUCACUGUCAUUAACAUGCGCUCACUAUUUAUGCUUGUAAAAGCUGCUUCAUCUUCAUACAAUGUUUUUUUUUUAUACAAAUAUAUCAUUUAUUUGUCAUUCAAAUACAGGAAAUGCACUACUAUUGUUUAAGGGAAGGGAAUGGGGACCAAAGGAGUGGAAAAGUGGCAGAAACAUCCCAGUGGAGGAGAAGAAAAAAGGCAAACAGAGAAGUUAGAAAUUCCAACUUAGAAUUGCCAACAUUCGCUCGUCAGGAGAGAAAGAAAGAGAGCAAGGCUUGUUUUCCAACUUUAAUUAUGUGUGUGUGAUGAAAUAUCUGCCUAGUGCCUACAGAGAACGGCUCUUCACAAGCGAGCGUGUGGUAUUAGAGCCGGGCUGGUUUGGUAGCGAGCGAGCCAUAAAUCUAAUCGCGUGAAAUCUGAUCCACUGCGCACCUGGAUGCAACAAAAAAAAACCUCGGAAACGGGCAGAGGGGCUCCUGCUCUUUGGAGGAAAAGCCACCUCUGGUUCUUAUUUGCUCACACACACACACAUACACACACACACUCCUCCCGGAGGGCCAAAGCCCAAAGGAGGCAUUUGAGAGUGACGAGGGAAAGGAGGAAGGGAAAGAGGGAAGGUGGUAGGAAGGUGAACGACAAAUGAAUAGGGUUAUGUAAAUGAGUAGUGCGAGGGAAGGAGGGAGAGAGAAACUGUGGAUGGGUGGAUAAGGAGGACCUUUAGGGCGGACCCUUGUCAUAACAUCUAUGAGCCCGCCUUCUAAAAGGAGAACGAUUUGCACUGCUUGCUCAAAUCUGGUUCUAUGCUACAUCAAUGACCUAAUAAAAUGCUAAUGUUUUGUACUCAAUGGUUG